AUGUCGCUCUAUAUUUGCAAGUCUUGCUCAAGCAGUUAUGCACACAGCAGUAGUCUAGCUCGACAUGUAAGGCAACACAGAGAAAAGGCUCUAGGGAAGAGUCUAGAUCUGACCCAAGAAAUCUCUUCACAAGAAACAUCAGAAAUUGGAUAUAUCUGCUGUAUUACUUGUGACUCCAGAUUUCGUUUCGUACAAGAGUUAAUCCAACAUCUAACACAAGCUCACGAAACAACUGUUUAUACAGAGAAACAUGAGUUUUCUGGCUUUUCAGAGUUUUUAAGAUGGAAGGAGGGUGAAGAAACUCGAACCUGCACACAGUAUGUGCAGCCGUGUGGAUCCCGUGUCCGCUGUGGAGUACGUACUUGGUACUACUAUUGUAACAGAUCAGGAAAAUCUAGAUCAACCACAAAAGGCCUCAGAAAUUCGAAGUUGCAGGGCUCGGAAAAAUUAGGUGUCUACUGUACAGCUCACCUAAUUGUAAGUCAGCACACAGGAGGAAAUGUGCUGGUUAACUUUUGUUCCACGCAUUAUGGCCACACUCCAGAAGAAGAUGUAAUGCAUUUACGACUCCCUAAGGACUUCAAGCUAGCUGUAUUCAACAAACUGUUGCAAGGGGUGACGAUAGAUCGAAUUCUAGAUGACAUUAGAGACAGUGUCGAUGAAGGUGGCCUGAAACGGUGUCAUCAUAGCACAAAAAAAGAUAUCCAGAAUAUCAAAAGAGUGUGCAAUGUGGAUGGAGUACAAAAGCACUCAAACGACUACACAAGUGUUGCUGCAUGGGUCGAAGAGCUGAAAAGCAUGGAAUUUUGUCCAGUUAUUGCUUUCAAACCGCAAGGGGUGUCUAGUGAAAGAGAAGGAGUGAAAGACAACGAUUUUUUGUUGGCACUUCAAACCCAGUUCAGGGGCGGAUCCAGGAAAAACAAAAGGGGGGGGCUAGCUAGAAAGGGGCGAAGCCCCGUACGAGGGCGGCAGAGCCGCCCAGGGCAACAACCUCGCCAGAGGCGAAUUUUUUGCAAGAUUUGACCUUUGAACUUUCAUAUUAAUGAGUAGAAUACGUUGACGUGACCUCUGCACUUACUUUUAAUACUAUGGUGAUACUGUACUGAUCAGAUGUACGUACGUACGUACAGCUAGCUAGCUAGCUAGGUACGUCCAGCUAGCUACCCUAGAUCCUUUAUAUUCCUAGUAGCUGUUGUCUAGCAUCUCUCAAGUGAUUUCAAGUGAGUCUACAGAUGCAUAAUUGGUGGCAAAAUUGUUGUAGAGUCAGACUACAACACAUGGUAGUUUUUUCAAAAGGGGGGGCUUCAGCCCCUCAAAAUCACCCCUGGAUCCGCCCCUGCAGUUUCAGCUCGAGAUGAUGAAAGCUUUUGGAGGAAAUGUAAUUUGUGUAGAUGCCACCCAUUCAACUAAUUAUUACGAAUACCUGCUGGUAACUGUUGUUAUGGUAGUUGACGAUUUUGGGGAAGGAAUUCCAGUUGCGUGGGCUAUAACUACACGAGAAGACACUUGUAUGCUGGCCUAUUUUUUCCUAGAAUUGAGGAAAAGAACUGGUCCCCUUUCCACACAAGUGUUCAUGUCAGAUGAUGCGACGCAGUACUGGAGUGCUUGGACAGCUGCGUACAGCAGUAUCAACACCACAAAACUGCUGUGUGCCUGGCACGUAGAUCGUGCUUGGAGAAAAGCUCUUAAGGAGCGUAUUCCUCUCAAUGAAAAUCGAAUUGACGUAUAUCACCAUUUGAGAACUUUACUGACAGAACUGCAACCUGACAAAUUCCGAAGUUUGUUGCAGAAAUUUAUCAAAUUGUCACCCACAAUUUUGCUCUUACUUUCAAAGAAAUUACACGCCAAGGGUGGAAGAGUGGGCAACCUGUUACAGAAUAGGCAAGUUUGUGAACACAAACAUGUAUUUGGAAUCUUUUCAUCGAGUACUGAAAAUUGUGUAUCUAGAAGGAAAGAAGAAUCGACGACUUGAUCAACUUAUACAUAUUCUUUUGAAGCUUGCUCGUAAUAAGGCCUUUGAACAAGUACAAAAAGUUCAUAAAGGGAAAACAACUUAUCGUAUUAAUGAAAUAAAUCGAAGGCACAAAGAAAGUUCUAAGAUGAUUUCUGAAGGCUGUCAUCUCCAAUCGAUUUCAAACAAAGAAUGGAAGAUAAGUUCUCAGACAACCUCCGGAAGAAUGUACACUGUUCAUUUGGAGAAUCAGUCCUGUCCUUUCUCUUGCAAACUGAGGUGCGCAGCAUGUGAUGUAUGCAUCCACAUGUACAAUUGUUCAUGUGUUGACUCGGUUGUACAUACUACAAUAUGUAAACACAUCCAUGCUACAUGCUUUCUGGCCAAAUCCACGAACAAUGCAACAAGUGCAUGCAGACUCAGCCACUGAAAGUCAUUCUUUAACUACAGCUUCAGACAAAACGGAUAGGUCAGAGAUUUCUAAUUCUAUAGAUGAUUCAUCAGGCUCAGACAUUUCUCCUGAAAUAAGCACUGAGGAAUCGAGACAAAAAGCUAUUUCCCUCAUUAAUGAUCCUACACACUUAAGUACCAUCCUCUCCAAUGCUGGAGGUCAAAUUGAUAUGCUGAAGAAAAGUGCAUUUGAUCAUUUGCACCAGUUGCACACUCUACUCACAUCUUCUGACAGUAAUGAUGCAGUUCGAAGUGUCACUGAGCAUAUCAAAAGCGGUAUUAAUGUUCUUAAGGCAUAUGAAACAAGGAAAGAGCAUCCCACCUUACCAAUCAAAAGCCGUUCUUCACCUAAUGCGCUUAAUGAAACUCAAAUCAGAUUCCAGUCAAUAAAGAACAAGAGGCCGCGACAUACAGGGAUUGCUAAACCGUCAGUUGCUGCUAUGGCUAACUGUAAAGAAAAUCUGUCUAAAGUGGACAUUAAUGUAUGUGUUGUUUGCUACAAAGAAGAUGACAGGCAAUAUGGUACAUCUGAUCGAGUUCAUUGGGCUCAAUGUUCGAAGUGCAAUCUGUGGCUCCACACUUUGUGUGGGAGACCUGUAAACGAAAACUCUUUUCUCUGUAACCUUUGUACAUAGUAAAUACAUGUCUGAAAAAAAAUAAUAAUAUAUCUUUUCUGAUCAAAACCAUUUAUUAUGAAAUUAUUAUGUGCUUGUGAUGAUUAGAAUUCAUAGUACUCUACUCUAUAGAGAACACUAUAGCAGGCUCUAGACUUUCAGAACACACUAAACUCUCUGGACUCUCAUCAUUAUCUAGGACUUACCAGACUCUCAGGACUCUCAGGACUCGCUAGACUCUCCGGACUCUCCAGACUCUCCGGA